CUUGCACAUGUACGCACUUGUGGGAGUUACAUGGCGAUAGUUUUUCUCUUUCUUUUUUAAACCAGUGACAACAAACGGGUGAUUAAAAAGCAACGUAAAAGAGAGCCAGAGUCUUCGGAGGAGUCAGGUUGGGGGUGAAUUUUAUUUUUGUGGACACAACUUUGCUGAUUAAGACCAUCAUAUUGCUAACCAGUUUGGUUUUGUUGGUUGGCAUUGACUUGAUUGGAGAAAACGAUAGAAAGCUACACAACAACGAAAAGUAAGCUCAAAAGAAGAGACAAGACUAAACAAGCAAGAUGGAGGAACUGAAAAACAGAGGAAAGAACAGAGAGGAACGACACAAGGAAAGAUGGGAUCCAUUCCAACUCAACCCAAUAGGAGCUGAGAAGGAACAGAAGAGAAGGUGCUUCCAAUUGGCCCAGUACCUGGUGGCUGUUAUUGUAGGUAUAGCUGUCCUGACCAGUGCCGUUGUUGCUAAGGGCUCUCUUUUGGUGCUGUCAACGUUAUCCAGUCCAAAAUCCAUGCGCAGCCCAAAGGAAAAACAGUUCUACAUGCUGAUGUUGGUGUUCUGCCUUGUUUGCCCAAACUUUCUGGUGUUCAUAAAAUCACUGUGGAAGUGUGCCUUCAAGAGCUUCGUACAGCCCAACCUGAAGACCAUGUCAUUUAUUUGUGCCAUUGAAUGCCUGGUGUCGAUUGGUACCUCAAUCUUGGUACUUGUGGUGAUGCCUCAAUUUGACGUACUGACAAAUCUGUUCAUCAGUGGGGGUGUCAGUAUUAUGUCUGCACUUCUUCAGAUCACCUUUCAACUACAGGCAGAAACUUGGAAAAUUAUAUUCCCAAUCUGCUCCCUCAUUCUAACAUGUGCUGGAUACAGCCUGCUGGGAAUUGACUAUUAUGUCCGUGUAUCAUCAUUUGUGGAUAGCCAGAGUGCGGACUGCUUUAUCUAUGUAGGAAUUGGAAUUCUUGCCUCACUUCUUGUCUCUUUGUGUUGGUGGGAGAAUCCAAUGCAAGCUACAAAUCGCCUUCAGGAUACAUUGUCAGAACUGGAUGGUUUCAGGGACUUUGUGUUUGUCAUCAGCAGCAUUCUGAGGAUAAUUGUCAUAGGGGCUGUAUACCUGUUUCACCAUGUCCUUAUUGAAAACUCCAUCAGCUGGUCAGACUUCAAUUUAAAGAGUGAAGAUUGGGAAUUGUUACAAGUAGGGCUGGUGCUGUUUUUCUUACAGGCCUUCUGCUCAGCAGCAUGCCACUGGUUUGGAGUGGUGGCCUGUAAGAUUCACGCUGUCAGGAUGAGUUUUGCCUUGCCCUUGUGUUGCACAGGACCUUCAGUGCUUCUAUUGGGACUGAUACUUUUCAUAACUCAAGCACAAAAAUUGGACGGCGCACAACGUGAGAGCAUCACAGAGUUUUGCGAAGGCUUGUUCUUCUUGAGCCAAAAGAACACAACCCCUGUGAUCUUAGUAGAACUCACAAGGAGCAUGUGCCGGACAUCACUUAACAGCUAUUACUUGCAAUGGCCUUUUUCUAUGCUGGCACUUGAGGGAGUAUGUAUGUGGUCAGGAGUGGUCACAUGCACUUAUUACGUAUGGAAGAUAAAGGUCCAGCGUAUAGAGAGAACCUCUCAGCUCUUUGUUCGGCGUCUCUAUGAAUCCGCUUUCAUAGACUUAUCUUUGUUACUCAACACCAAGAUGAAGGUGUCUCGGGCUCGAAACCAAGAAAGCCAAGACAACAUCCAGAACUGUGUGCUCUAUCUAUGUGCCACCAUGUGGCAUGAGACCUAUGAUGAAAUGCUUAAGAUUCUGACUUCCAUGUUCAGGUUGGACCGUUAUCGAGGUGAUCCAAAAGAGGAACAUAAGGACUGCUUUGAUUUUGAGUGUCACAUUUAUGUGGAUGAUGGGUUUAUGACUGAAAAAGACACAGGGAAGAGGCUGGUUAAUUCAUAUGUUAAUGACUUGACUCAGGUUGUCAUCGAGGUUUACAGGGUUUUUACCAACAAAGAGCCUGAUGAUGUAUCUAUUGUGGAAACUCCAUAUGGUGGCAGACUUGUAUUUGUUAUGCCAGAAGGCAACAUGCUCUACAUUCACCUUAAAGACAAAGGUCUUAUCAGGAACAAGAAAAGAUGGUCGCAGAUUAUGUACAUGUAUUAUCUACUUGGCUGGAAGGGCUAUAUUGCCAAAAACCCUCAGACCAAACGCCAGAAUAACCUAUGCAGAGAGUCUUUAAUCUCUUUGGAUGGUGAGAUUUUCCUCAUGCCCCAGUAUGACAAUGACAACAAAAGAAGAUUAAUCUCAGAUGACAACGUAUACAUCCUGGCUCUGGACGGAGACACCGACUUCCAACCUAAAGCUGUGAUUCUGUUAGUCGACAGGCUGAGGAUGUAUGAAAAUGUAGGGGCAGCCUGUGGACGAAUCCAUCCUACCGGAAUGGGUCCAAUGGUGUGGUACCAGAAGUUUGAGUAUGCAGUUGGUCACUGGCUACAGAAGACAGCAGAACAUGUGUUUGGGUCUGUGCUGUGCAGCCCAGGAUGUUUCAGUCUCUUUCGAGCGUCGGCCUUAAUGGAUGACAACGUGCUGAAGAGAUACACAACGACUGCCACAAGAGCUGCGGAAUACGUACAAUAUGACCAAGGGGAGGAUCGUUGGUUGUGUACUUUGCUACUGCAACAAGGGUGGCGUGUGGAAUACAAUGCUGCAUCUGAUGCCUACACCAACUCACCACAAGAGUUUAAAGAAUUUUAUAACCAGAGGAGACGGUGGGGACCAUCCACACUAGCUAAUACACUGGAUCUCCUGCACAGUGGUGCAGAGACGGUGAAGAGAAACUCCUCCAUAUCCAGACUUUAUAUUUUCUACCAGAUGUUCACUGUUGGUUCCUCGAUUCUUGGACCAGCCUCUGUGACUCUUAUGGUGGCAGGUGCUUUCCAGUUUGUCUUUAAAAUCGCUGGUACACUUUCCAUCGUCAUUGCAAGCAUUCCCCCUGUGUUCUACAUCAUCAUUUGUUUCAUUGCCAAACCAAACAACCAGAUAACUAUCGCUGCUAUUAUGAGUGUUCUGUAUGCCUUCCUCAUGACGGCUUCCUUGUUUUCUAUAAUCGGUGAUAUGGUGGUUCAAGGCACAUUCCUGACCCCAACUGGUGUCUUCCUUGUUUCUAUGACAAUCAUGUACUUAGUGACCGCUAUCCUCCACCCCGAGGAAUUUGGAAUGAUCAUCUAUGGCCUGAUGUAUUUCAUCUGUAUUCCUAGUGGCUACCUUCUACUGACCAUCUACUCACUAGUUAACAUGCACAUUGUAACCUGGGGCACGAGGGAAUCCAACAAGGGAGGAACAGAGAUAAAGAAAAACCAUAACAUCCUGUGUGAUCGAAACUGCAGACUCUGCUGCUGGGACAUGAAGUUACAGAUAACUCAGGAAACGGAGAACCUGAUGAUUCAACAAAUCACAGGACAGACUGGACACAAAGCCUCUCCCCCUCCAAUCACGGCCGUGGAAACAAAUCAACAGGCUGCUUCAAACGUGGAGCCACAAGCUGACACCAACAAAGCAGCAGAACAAGAAGGAAAGAAACCUCUGACUGAUAAAGACAGGAGGGAGUUGAAAGUUUUCGACACCAUCUCCAAAAACACUGAUGAUAGUGUGGAAAAACAGAGUAUUUCAACAAGUCCAUCUGAUGAUGAUGAUGAUGAUGAUGAUGACGAGUAUGACGACAAACAAGACAGUGAAGACCUUCCUAUUAGCGAAUGGGUAAAUCCAGUCAAAGAAGAGUUUCUAAAAAAGUUGAACUUUGCCAACUUGAAGAGGAACUUAAAAGAACAAAUACGGUACUCCCUCCGCAACAAGAAUCAAGAGGAUGUGUGUGAGGAGUUGAUAUUAAUGUUAACAGACACUCUCAGUGGACAACUGUAUGGAGUAGGACCUGAAGACGUUCUGACAGAAAGCCAACUGGAGGAACUACAACAAGAAUUGACGGAGCAGGCUCGGCGUACCCUCAAAACCAGUCGCAUGGAAAGAUUAGAGAAAAAAGUCAAGAGAGCUAUCGAGAAAACUCUGACUGCCCCUCAGGUGCAGAAACUCGAAGAGGAUGAGCAUGACUUCUGGAGAAAGCUGCUCGAGCGUUAUUUGAAGCCCAUUGUAGACACUAAAGCACAUCUAGAAGAGGUCACCAGAGAGCUAAAGUCCCUACGCAACAAGGCAGUAUUCCUCUAUUUUAUCGUCAAUGUGCUGUGGGUGGUUGCUACCUUCUUCCUGCAAGCCAUUGGAAAUGAUGUCAUAAGCAUCAAGAUCCCUAAAUACUAUUCAAAUGGAACACUAUCUGGAGACAACCUCAAGGUGGAGCCUCUCAGCUUGAUGUUUCUGUUCUCUUUUGCAAUCCUUCUCCUCGUCCAGUUUAUUGCCAUGUUGUAUCACAGGGUCUACACUUUGAUCCAUGUGGUGUCAUACCGCAGCACGGAGAAGGACUACAAAUCAAAAGACGAUGAUGAAGACGAUGACUUGACUCUAGAGAACCAUCACACCAGUGGACUUAGCAUCACAAGUGAUGACUUGUAGUUGACAAGGACUGUCUCACGGGAUUGUACAAUAUUUGUUACUCAUUGCUGACCUUCUUUGCUUUACUCUGUUAUCAGAAGCCAAAGUCGAAAGUUCUAACAAGCAUUCCGAAAUAGUUUCAUCUGAUAUACAGUAUCAACUUUGUACCCUGAGUCACAGAUGGGAAAAGAUACAUUCAUACAUAAACAUGCAUAGAAAAAUCAGUGUGACUUCAUCAUUUGUAAUAUACUUCUGUUUGAGUCUAAUGUGAUUGUACUUAAAUGUUUAGAUUUUUCUGGGACUGUGAAGUGAUUCAUUACUCACUGGAAUCUCAAGUCCACUCCUGAAAAUGGAUUUAAAAUGCAACUUUUGCACAUAGGUGGGAGAAAUAUUUGACUUUUACUGUUGAACAUAAUCUAACAUUGUUUUAAACAAUUGUUUGAUAAGAGAUUGUUUUCAAUGUAAUGCAAUAAAAUAUUAGAAAACAA